UUUGAUUAACUCCGCCUGUCGGAGCAGAAGCAGCAUGGAAGCAUCUUCACAGGAUGAACGUGUGAACUCAUAACUGGACGUUGUCUCGUGUCUGUGCUGAAUAUCUCGCCUGGAGUCAUGCUGCCUCUGAAGGAGAAGGACAAGCCCAUCGUCCAGAAGCUGCUGUCUUCCGGCUGCUGCGCUCGCUGCGUCCUCAGGUUCUGCUGCAUCAGCGUCCAGGCGGCCUACAGGAAGCCCCACCAGGAGACGCUCAAGGAACUUCAGACUUUCAUCAGCGAUUCAGAAAAUGGCAAAUCCCAAGAUUCAGCAGCACCGGAGUCCACGGAGGAAAACAACAAAUCCCAUGAUGCAGCGGUGUCAGAGGCAGCUGAAGACCCACCGAGUAAAAAAGCUAAACUGGAUCCGGGCCUGGUGACCGACGCGCCGCCAGAGGAAGACUCUGCUGCUGUCGUCACGCUGAAGGAUGAAGAGUCGUGCGUGUGUGUGGUGUGUUUGGGGAUUCUGCAGGAUCUCUGUGCCCCGAGUCGGGCCGUCAAGAUCGCGGAGGCAGUGAAGAGAGAAAACUACAAGUUUGACACGUUGGUGCUUUCUGUCUCUCUGCCGGCUCAGCUGUGUGUCCGCGAGCACUCCUGUUGGCUCCAUGUGAAGAAAGAAGUCAGAGAGAAGAGCACCGUGCUCGACAAGGACGACGUCGUCCAGGUGAAGGAGGCCUUCAAGUGGGUCAUGCAGGGCCUGGUCGCCAAGGAGCUGGGGGGCGUUGCCGUGGUUACCAAGAGUGCGUUCGAGGUCGGUGUGGAGUUCACACACCCGGAGACUGACGCUGACUGUCAUUUCCUUGCAUCAACGUGUCCCGACUGCUUCAAACCCACCAAGAACAAACAGUCCAUGUUCACCAGGAUGGCGGUGGUCAAAGCUCUGGAAAAGAUACCUGACAGCAGAUUCCUGAAACAUUACAGUUGUCCUCCGACACGUCCGACCUCCAGCUGCUCCCCUCAGGACGUCCAGUGUCUCCACGUGUCUGUGUUUGUGGCGGGGAGGUACAACAAGUUCUGUCGCAGUCUGCCUCAGACUCCCUGGGUGAUCGAUGGAGAGAGGAGGAUGGAGUCGUCGGUGGAGGAGCUGAUCGCAGCGCCCAUCCUGUCCGCCUUCAGGGCCGACGGAUUUAACUUCUCCUCGUCUGGCAGGGAGGACGUGGACGUCCGGACUCUCGGAAACGGUCGUCCGUUUGCGAUGGAGCUGCUGAAUCCUCACACGUCCCGACUGAGCAGAGUGGAGAUGAAGCAGCUGCAGGAGACCAUCAACAACUCUUCAGACAAAAUCAGAGUGAGAGACCUGCAGAUUGUUACCAGAGAGGCUAUGAGUCGGAUGAAGGAAGGCGAGGAGGAGAAGACCAAGUCGUACACGGCGCUCGUCUGGACCCAGAAACCCAUCCAGAGAGAAGACAUCACCUUCAUCGACGACAUCAAGGAUCUGACUCUGGACCAGAAGACCCCUCUGAGGGUUCUGCACCGCCGGGCGCUGGCCGUCCGACAGCGAGUCAUCCAUAGCAUGAACGCCCGCUUCCUGGACCCACAUCACUUCCACCUGGGCCUGAAGACUCAGGCCGGGACUUACAUCAAAGAGUUCGUCCACGGAGACUUCGGUCGCACUAAACCCAACCUGUGUCAGCUGCUGAAGACCGACACGGACAUCCUGGAGCUGGACGUGGAGUCUGUGGACGUGGACUGGCCUCCUCCCAUACCGGAGUGAACGCCGCCCUGCUUCACUGACGCCGGCCUCGUCGACCUUGGCGUCCCGUGUGGAGUGAGACGUCCGAGCCGUCGAACAGAUUCAGAGCGUGUGGAACAGGAAACCGUGACGUCAUACAGUCCUGCUGGCUGCUCCAUUUAUGUUUUGGUUCUGCAAGUCAAGGACGUGUAGAUCACAGGAAAUAACCUUACAACGCAAGAUGUUAAUUUAAUAAAGAGUAAGUUUAUAUGUGAGGUUAUAACGCUCAUUAUACACCUGAACUUUUUCUGUAUGUGGUCAGAUGGAAAGAAAAACCUUUCAUUGGCACCGACUGCGGUGUUGUACUUUGGAAAAACAGUCGUCAGUCAUGUGACGUUUGAGUACAGUUGAAGAAAAGGUGAUUUCUGUUCUGUUGGAUAAGAAGCAGACGAGUCCUGAACUUUUUAAAUGUCAAAUCUGUCCUGCAAAUGCAAACAGCAGCUUCUGUUUUUUGUAAAGAAUCUCUCUAGACGUGUUUUGAGAUGUAUAUAAAUACUCUUCUUUGCAUUAUAA